CCAAUUUGAAUCUCAGAUUGUGAUACAGCUACCGUAGCAGAGCUUUAUGCCUCAUGCCCAGCUCGCUACCUCACUCCUGUGACUGAGGUGAGAGAGACCUUUAUACAGUGCCUCUGGGCUGAGCCGUUGCUACUGGAUGCCAAGGUGAGAGAGAGAGAAUUUCUUCAACAUGUGGAAUGAUAUUGAACUUCUGACAAACGAUGACACAGGAAGUGGACGACUGAACAUAGAUUCGAGACAAGAAUGUGGAACUGCCUUGUAUCAAGAGGAUACUCUAGUUAAAAUAACUUCCUCUGAAAAGGUCUUGUGUAAUCCAAAACUAUAUGCAUGCAACUCAAGUGAUGGCUGUAUUAUUGUGGCUGACAGAUCAGUGGCACUUCUUGAUACCAUUUGCCAGUCUUUUCAGAUGCACAUUCAGUUUGAUACUGAAGUGGAUGUGGUUGGUUUGUGUCAAAAAGGACACUUUCUUGUGGUCGGUGAGAGAAGUGGUAACCUACAUCUUAUUCAUGUACCAUCAAAGCAAACUUUGCUAACUAAUGUUUUGGUUCAGAAAUCUGCAAAUGAAAAGACUUAUCUAAACCUUAUUAUAGAAAAAGAUCAUGCAGAUGAAGGAAUCUAUCAUAUAUUCAUUCUCACAAGCAAUGGAUUCUUUUGCAUUAUGUGCCUCCCACUUGCAAAAAUUCAGGAAGCAAUUGACAAGAUGGACAUGAUUACAGCAAAGAAGUUACAAGGAAUGAUCAAGACUGCUUAUAUUUCCACAAAGGAUUAUCACACCCUUGGUUGUCUGAAUUUUGUGACUGGUGACUUGAUGAACAACAUCCUGCUGAUAAUUGGGGGUAAAGGUGACUGUGUGCUCUCCAAAUGGGAGGUGGAUCCUAGUAAAAACCUGGUGUCUGUUCAAAGUUUUGCUGAUUCAAGUAUGAUUAAAGAUGCAGUGCAAUUUCAGAUCAUAGACAACUUGUUGUUUGUCUUGGAUAAGGAAAACGUUUUGAGCAUGUGGGAUGUUUAUUCUCUUACCUUGAUUUGGGAUUGGCCUUUAGUUCAUAUUGAAGAAUUUCUUCUAACUACAGAAUCAGAUACUUCUUCAGUCAUAAGACAAGGGAUUUCCAGCCUUAAACUAAUAACCUUGACAGUACCUGUUAACAAACAGAUGAGAAACCUCAUGGUUUUUUCACUGCCUGCAAUGCACCUGCUCUAUUCUUUGGAAGUAUCUGAUGUUUCUUCACUGGUUCAAAGUGGAAUCAGCACAGAUACAAUAUGCUUUUUGGAAGGAAUUAAUGAAAAUCACCAAAAGUCUCCUGAAGGUCCGGUGUCUGUUUUAGUAUUGAGAAGUUUAACAGAAGCCUUGCCAGAAAACAGAUUAAGUCGCUUACUUCACAAACACAAGUUUACUGAAGCUGAGAAUUUUGCGAUUCAGUUUGGACUGGAUGUUGAGCUUGUUUACAAAGUAAAAGCAAGUGCUAUUUUAGAGAAAUUGGCUUCAUCUUCCAUUGGGAGUUAUGGUCAAACAGUUUGGUUAGACCUUGUGGAUGAAGCUAAAGAAAAUCUGCAUAAAACACAGGAUAACCAUUUUGUCGUGGAUUACUGUAUAAAUGCUCCAUGGCCAACGUUUGAAACAACUCAGGAAAUGUUAAACUAUGCUAAAAUCAGAAUCUUGAAGAGAAAUGACAAAAUGAUUGCUUCCUUAUCUGACGGGGUUCAAGUGUCCAUAACAGAAGUAUUGAGAGCUCAAGCAAGGCUAACUACUUUCUAUGGAGCCUUUGGACCAGAGAAAUUCAGUGGAAUUGCUUGGACUGAAUUCUUGAAUAAUGAAGAUAUUUUCAAGAACAUCCUUUUUCAGCUACAAGAAGGCAAUCUUCCUUGUGCGCAGUACCUCUGGCUUAGGCAUCAGGCAGAUUUUGAAAGCAGCUUUGAUGUGAAAAUGCUGGAGGACCUGCUUAACACAAUCUGUGCCCCCAUUCCUGUAAAAGAACUGUGUCUGUGGUUUAAAAAUGUUGUGAUUCCUUUUGUAAGGAGGGUUGUGCCAAAAGGACAGAAAAUAUUAGCAAAAUGGCUGGAACAAGGAGCUCGAAAUCUUGAACUAACUGAUAAGGCAAAUUGGCCAGAAAAUGGACUUCAGAUGGCAGAGGUGUUCUUUACAAGUAAAAAUCCAGGUGAACUGGGACUGGCAUCCUCCUGGCGUUGGAUUCCCUUGAAGUGUGGUGAUUGUGAAGAGGUGCAUCAGUUAAAGAAGUUAGUGAAUGAUUUACAAGAAUUGGUAGAUCUCUACCGAAAGUACAGCUGCAAACUAGCACUCUGUGAUUUUGAAAAGGAGAAUGCAAGUACAAUAGUAUUCCGCAUGUUUGAUAAAGUUUUGGCACCAGAGCUCAUUCCAUCCAUUUUGGAAAAGUUUAUAAAGCCAUACAUACAUGAACAUAAUCUACAACAGGAUGAACUUCUCUUGCAGUAUAUAAAGGACUUGCUAGAGCGCUGUCGUACACGAUCUACAUCAGUGUUUGAAACUGCAUGGGAGGCAAAGGCAAUAGCUGUCAUUGGCUGCAUAUCUGAUACAGAUCUGAUAUUUGAUGCAGUACUGCAGAUAAUGCAUGGUGCUGUGGUGCCUUGGAGUGCAGCUGUGGAGCAGCUGGUGAAGCAGCAUUUGGAAAUGAAACAUGUCAAAGUGAAGUUAUUGCAGGAAAGUUCCAGACUGAUGGAGAUGAAGAAGCUGUUACGGGGCUAUGGGAUAAGAGAUACUAAUCUUUUAAAGGACAAACAGAUGAUAAUGAGACUGGUGAAAUACAUUCUUAAACAAGAUACCCCUACUUCUCUGGAAGAUGCUUUGAAAAUUGUAGCAGCAUAUAUGUUGCCAAGUGUGGAAGUCUACAUUUUGAGGAUGGUGGAUCUGAUUGAUCGAGAUCGGAGAGAGGAAUCUCUAAACUUAUUAAAAUCUCUGCCUGUUUCUGAAGCAGAGAAAGUUGCAGAGAGAUUGUCUAUAUGGGCAAGAUUGGUAUUGCAGAAAGAAGCAGAUAAUUCUGAAGAGCGCAAAACGCAAAUGUGUAUAACAAAGACACUUGUGGAGGUUCUUAAAUUCCUGCUUAGCAUUCAGAAAGAAAAUCCUCUGAAGGAAGAUGAAUGUAAAGCAAACUUAAAAAUGUUUGAAACACUUGCUAGCUUGCAGGAGGAUUUUGAUAUCUUUAUUUCAGUCAAGGAUUAUGGGAAUUAUUUGUUGAUGUCUCAGCUCCUUGAAGAGCACAUAAAAGCCUAUGAAAGUGUCCAGUCCGUGGCAAAAUCUAGAAAAGCGCAAGCAACGAAUUCCAAAGAUGAUAGUAAAACAAAGAAUCGUUCCACUGAAUCAAGACUUUACAGACUAGCUUUACUUCUGCAAAGGACAGAGCAAGAGUUGGGGGCAAAGCUGGCACUGAGGUCAUUAGAUGCUGGAAAAAUUGAAGAGGCACUAAAGAUAUGCAGAGAUUUAUAUGAACAUCACUGUAAUGAACAAACAGGGAAGUUGCUAUUUUUAGCUUGUCAGAAGCUUUGUCAUAUGUUGGGAGCUGAUGUUCCAAUGAUCAUACCUAAAGGACUGAACUUUCCAGCAAUGAUAAAUGAGAUGGCAUGCCAAGCAGCUACAAUAUGCAGUCCAGAUCUGUUGUUAGAUUCUCUGGAGCUAUGUAAAUAUACAUUGGCUGCUAAGGAAAUUUACAGACAAUGCCAAAUAGAAAACUAUGGAUUUAUAGCAAAGGCAGCAUCUUUUGGAGCUGAUAAGGAUCCUUAUGAAGAAUGGACCUAUGAUGAUUUCUUUAGUGAAGAUGGGAUAGUUCUUGAUCCACAGAUGGCGCUCCCAGUUGCAUAUGAAACUAUUUCUUCCCUUGUGCCUAUUGCUGAUAACAAGAUGUAUCCUUUGGACUCUGUAAGCUUGGCAAACUGUCCAUUUAUUAAAGGACAGAACCUCCUGUUGCCAGUCAAAACACCCAUCUGUGCGCUGCUUCAGAACCUGAUGGAAAGCAGUCAGUGUGAGUUAGCCUUGCGACUAAUAGUCUGUCUGUUUGGAUCCUGUCUUCAGCACUGUGUAUCAAACAACAUGGAUAUGUGCCUGGGUGAGAAGUUACAUGAUGACAAAAUGCUAGCUGAUGCCAAAAGCUUUCUUAUUGCUAUGAAACAAAAGUCCACUUCAGUGAUUGUCAGUGCUGUCCUGGCUUUAUUACACAAGGUUUUCAACUGUCGUCUGAUAGAUCAUAACCUGGCAUUGGGUUACUGCACAAUUUUGCCCAAGGAAGAUAUGUUUGAAAAACUCUGGAAUGUCAUAAACAACACAAGGCAAAAUUACAACAAAAUUCUGGCAGUAGCUCUGGUUGGAGCGCAGCUUGCUAGUCACUAUGACGAAGCAGGAGAGAGACAAAAAUUCAGGGAAUUAAUUACUGAUGCAGAGUGGGGUAUCCAGCUUGGUAAACUUGGUAUUUCUUUCCAGACUGUAUUUAGGCAGCCAUCAAUAAGAAAGAAAGAACUCAUAAGAACCCUGGUACAGAAUCCAAAUGUAGACACAGACCUUAUAUUGAAAUACUGCAGAACUUUCAUGUUGGACAGUGAUGCAGCACUGCAGCUUUGCAUCGAAACACUCCUUCUCCAGAGUGCUAAUGCAAAUCAAGUUGAAGGAGACUCUGCAGAGGAUACUGUGAAGCAGCCUCAUUCCACACUACUGGCCAAAUCAGUAAAAAUAAUUCCUUUACUGAAAAGCACAAAAGACCUGGUUAUUAGCCUCAGUGGAAUACUGCACAAGCUUGAUCCAUAUGACUAUGAAACUAUAGAAAAUGUACUGAGAGUGAUACAAAGAGCUGAUGAAAAUAGCACAAGUAUCCAGCUUAACCAGGCUUUGAGCUUAUUGAAACACCUGGAAUCCUAUAAAAGAACUUCCCCUCCUGUGGAUCUGGAACACCAAUAUAUUUUAGAGCAUGUGAUUUCCCUGUCUCCAACUGCUCAAACCAGGCUGCCUUUUCAUUUGAUAUUCUUUAGAACCACGCAGUGUUUCUGGAGUAUUAUAUCUGCAGAGCUUACUGAGGAGUCUUUCCCAACUCUUCUCUUGAUUUCCAAACUAAUGAAGGUUUCACUGGAUACCCUAUACAUGUCUGCGGCCAGGCAUGUCUUUGAAAAAAAAUUGAAGCCAAAAGUAUUUGAACUAACAAAAGCUGGAUGUUCAUCAGUGAUUAACAAGGAAACUACUAAAACUGUGCAAACCAUUCAAUCCUAUCUGCUAUCUAUAGUUAAUCCAGAAUGGGCUGUUGCUAUUGCUCACAAGAUUGCACAAGAACUUCCAACAGGGCCUGACCAGAUUCAGGCAUUGAAAUUCUGUCUCUAUUUAGCUGAGAAAUGGCUAACAAAUACUACAACCAAGGAUGAAUCACACGAAAAAGCUGAAGUACUGCUGAAGAAGUUACGUAUGCAGUAUCAGAGAUCAGCCACAGAAACUGUGCUAAUAACCCACAAAUUAAGCACUGCAGAGCAUCUGAAACUUACUGGAAAGCCAGCAAAUCUUAUCGUUUUACUCUAUGAGCACAGCAGCAUAAACCAAAGGAUUCAAAAUCCAACCAACAGAGAUUAUCCAGAUAUUCAUGCAGCAGCUAAGGAAAUAGCUGAAAUUAACAACUUGGAUAUGAACAAAAUCUGGGAUAAAUUGCUUGAAAAAUGGCUGUGUCCAAAUAUACCAACAGAUGAAAAAACUCAAAUCUUUGGGGAUAUACAGGAAGAUGAAGAACUCAGGAGAGUUAUAUAUCUACUUCAACCGCGCCCAAUGGAUUACAGCUCAAGAAUGCUUUUUGCAAUUACAACAUCUGCCACAUCUCCUAUUGGUGUAAACCAGUUGACAUUUGCCCAGAGAAGCAGAGCUCUUAAGUGUCUGAUCUACUUAGCAGAUGCAGAUACGGUUGAAUCACUGUUUAAGAAACCCAUUGAGAAAGUAAAGUAUUUUCUACAAUGCUUCAUUUAUCUGGCAGAGUUGGAAAGACUGAACAUUCCAUACACCUAUGAAUCCUUUCACAGGAGUCCUAAAGAAGGAAUGAUUAAGGGACUGUGGAAAAACCAUAGCCACGAACCCACGGCUGCCAGACUGGUGACUGAACUUAGCUUAGAAUAUAAAGUGUAUGAUCCUCAACUCUGGAGUGGCUUACUGCAGAAACUACUUGGUUUCAAUAUGAUUCAUUAUCUCAGGAAAGUUUUGAUAGCGAUUACUGGGGUUCCUUCAUUAUGGCAGAUUCCUAACUUUAGCCGAGCUUGGAGAAGUGUAAUUCUGGCACCAUUUCUUGCAGGUAGGUUUAUCCUUAGCUCUCUUUCAUGGUUGUGUAAGAAUAUGGCAGUACUGUAUUUUAGUUUGUCAAUAUCUCCUUUCUUUUUUUCCUCAGCUUCUUGUCCGCCAAGUCCUAAGCAGUUAGAGGCAUGCUGUGAAUGUUUUAUGGUUCUACUGAAGUGUCCUGUUCUAGCUGAUCUAGAUACAAUUGGAAUUGCAAGGCAAUAUGCACAGUUGGACCUUACAGCUUUUGCUCUGGGAUGCUUGCUGCUGAUUCCCCAGACUGAGAAGAGAGAGCAACACAUUCAGGGUUUCCUAUCUUCAUGUAACCCAGAGGCUGUCCUACAGCAAGUAGAUGAACAUAUGAACACUGGUGAAGUAGCAGGCUUUGCAUCACAGAUUAGGUGUUUAAUUCUGGACAACAUCAUAAACGAGAAACAAUAUGAACAAUUUUUUAAAACAAAAUACUUCCCAUUACUGAAGCUACAAGUGAUGAACACUCACAGAGUGAAAGAAUUAGUGGAUUACCUUGCCAACAAGAGCUGCAUGGAUGAUGCAGCAGCCCUAAUAGUAGAAUAUCAGAAACAAUGUGGAAAUCCCAUUCUGGCAGAUAAAUCAUCUUGUGAUAUUUUAAAGGUAAAAGGCUCUAGUUAUCCAACUUAUCUUGGUUUAAAGAGAAAAUACUGAAACCUAAGACAUUCAUUCAGAUUAAACAACAAGAUGCUCUUGGACCAGUUAAAGACUCUCCUAUAUUAGUUAUUUUUCUAUUUUAGUACCAUGUCAUGGUAGAAUUUUAAGUUUCACACAUGCAAAUAAAAUCUAUGCAAUAUUUCUUAUAUAAAAAGGGAACUUUAUGCCUAUUUCAAUGCUCCUAUUCCAUUUUCCUAUAAACUUAUCCUUUUGGAUAAGUUCCUAUAUUCCUAUAAAAAGUUACUAAACUCUUGUGUGUUCCUCUUUUCUUCCCAUCCAGAUGUUUCUAAGUGCACCAGAGUAGACUUCUGCAUUUUCUUACUGGAAACAGCUACCCAGAGGAGCAUGUAACUUGAUCUAUAUCCCUUCUCUUCCAGGGGCAAGAUUGUUUCAAACUGUAUUGGUCACAUGCAUUGUAUUUAAAGGGGAACUAAGUUGAAACCUCCUAAGUACCCUUUCAACAAAAGUUACCAUUCACAUUUUUUUUAUUGCUCCUGGCUAACAGACAUUCACAUUAGUUUAAGUGUGUUGUCCCAUGUGAAAGAGUUAAAGGCUUCAUUUACAUUGUAUGAACUCUUUCUUUUCUUCCACUUCCCCCUCCCAUACAACUUGGUGUAAUCUCAGUACUUCAAUACUGGCAAUAAUUAAGUGAGAAUUUUAAAUUUAACUUCCUUUCAAGAGUUACAUGAAGUCAGGGCUGUGGCUUUGUAACUUCUCCUCAAUGUCAGGCUUUUUUGCUUUGUUUUUUAAACAACCUUUCCAUAUCAAAUCCUAUUAAGAUAAAAUUCACUUUGUAAACUGUGUGAUAAGAACUUCUAAACAAGAUUGUAAAUGUUCGUGUAUCUUAUGUAAAAUAUUUUGUAGACUUGGUUUUCAUUCAAGGAUGGGCACAAAUAAAACAGACAAGCUCAAAUUUUGAACUUAACUUAGAAAAUACUAAUGUUUGUAAUGUAAACUAACUAAGACAUCCUCCCCAGACUUUCUAUACAUGCUACUUGAAUAGGGUAAGUUGAUACUCAUUUCAAUGAAAUUAAGAUUUUAGAUAACUUCUCUAAAACCAACUGUGCAUAUAAACAAACAAUUUAACUGCCAUUGUUUUAUUGUGACACUAUUCUUUGUUUGAGACAAAAGUAUAUGGAUGAAUUCCUCCAAAGGAAACAGAGUACCUUCCGAAAACUGAGUGGAAACAUGCCAAUAAACUGAGCACACUUAAAAUAGAUGCAAAAUAGAUAUUAAGGCCCAGGGUGGCUGUAUCUUUAAGACCCAUGUAUCUAUUCUAGUAAUAUUGUACUAACAAAAGCAAUAACCGGAUGGUGGUUUUAAUUAAUCUAGCAAUAGUUCUGUCUUUCAGCUGUCAGCUAAUGCAGACUGAGUAACAAGUAAAACAGAUAAGGAACUAAGUUGAAUAAGUGUUAUACCAGCUGAGUAAGGAGAAGAAAAUUAGAAAAAGUUUUGUACUUGCAUCAUACUAAGUUGUCUAACAAAUUGAGUUAUAAGAAGAUACACCUCCAAUCCUACAAUAAAUACUCUCAGCACUUGAAAGGAGAA